UCCCCGCUGCUCGCAGGAGCGCUUUUGCUGCAGCGCGCCCGGCGUCGUUGGUUGGCUGCUGGGGUUGGCUUCUUCUUUGCCAGCCGGGUCGGGUCGGAGCCAGGACGAGCGGUUGGGUCUUCUUGGCUUGGUUCUUCGCCCACUCCCCAAGGCCUCGGCGGGGGCUCCAGCUGGGUCUGAUCCGGGAUCUGUAUGGAGCCCAAGCACUAAGGGGGCUGGGGGAGCCUGCAGCCUCCCCCCCUUUGCCCCCCAACUGGGCACGCGGAGAAGGGAGCAGCCAGCUGCGCCAACGUUGCCAGGAAAAGGGGGCAGGGUAUGCUACCCCCACGACGACCCCCACUUUGAGCUGGCUCUUAGAAAUUUGGAAGAUUUUGCCAGACCAGAUUGUUAUUACAGUCCUUCUUGUGAUCAUCUUCACAGCAACAUAGUUUCUAAAGACCUGAGCACCCACCUUGCUGCUUACUGAAGCAUGAACAUUGGACAUGGCCACCCGCCGCUGCACUCGGAAGCCUUUGCUGGCACCCGGAGUCUCUAGAAUGGUUUGGAAGCAUCUCGUCCUCUUCUUCCUCUGGCUGCCGUCACUUGUUUUGGGCGGAGCCUCCCCCACCUCCUGCCCGGCAGCAUGCUCCUGCAGUAACCAAGCCAGCCGGGUCAUCUGUACGCGCCGAGAGCUGGUGGAGGUGCCCGAGAGCAUCUCUAUCAACACACGGUACCUCAACUUGCAGGAGAACAACAUCCAGGUCAUAAAGACUGACACGUUCAAGCACCUUCGUCAUCUCGAGAUUUUGCAGCUCAGCAAGAACCUCAUACGGAAGAUUGAGGUUGGUGCCUUCAAUGGCUUGCCCAACCUCAACACGUUGGAGCUCUUUGACAACCGGCUGACCACCGUUCCCACGCAGGCCUUUGAGUACCUCUCCAAGUUGCGGGAGCUGUGGCUGAGGAACAACCCUAUCGAAAGCAUCCCUUCCUACGCCUUCAACCGAGUCCCUUCCUUGCGCCGACUGGACCUCGGAGAACUCAAGAAGCUGGAGUACAUCUCAGAGGCAGCUUUUGAAGGCUUGGUCAACCUGCGCUACCUAAACCUGGGCAUGUGCAACCUCAAGGACAUCCCUAACUUGACGGCCUUAGUGCGGCUGGAGGAACUGGAGCUAUCUGGAAAUCGCCUGGAUAUGAUCCGGCCAGGCUCCUUCCAAGGGCUGACCAGCCUGCGCAAAUUGUGGUUGAUGCACGCCCAGGUGGCCACCAUUGAGCGCAAUGCCUUCGAUGACCUCAAAUCCUUGGAGGAGCUCAACCUCUCCCACAAUAACUUGAUGUCUUUACCACAUGAUCUCUUCACCCCCUUGCACCGCCUGGAGCGUGUCCACCUCAACCACAACCCUUGGCACUGCAACUGUGAUGUCUUGUGGCUCAGUUGGUGGCUCAAAGAGACAGUGCCCAACAACACCACCUGCUGUGCCCGGUGCCACGCCCCACCAAACCUCAAAGGGCGGUAUAUUGGAGAGCUGGAUCAAAGCCAUUUCACCUGUUACGCCCCAGUUAUAGUGGAGCCUCCCACUGACCUUAAUGUGACGGAGGGCAUGGCAGCAGAGCUGAAAUGCCGGACGGGGACCUCCAUGACUUCAGUCAACUGGCUAACUCCCAAUGGAACGCUGAUGACACAUGGCUCCUAUCGGGUGCGCAUCUCUGUCCUCCACGAUGGCACGCUCAACUUCACCAAUGUGACUGUCCAAGACACAGGGCAGUACACCUGCAUGGUGACCAAUUCGGCUGGCAACACUACCGCUUCAGCUACACUCAAUGUCUCAGCUGUGGACCCGGCCACCACAGGCUACACCUAUUUCACUACAGUGACUGUGGAGACCAUGGACCCCAGUCAAGAGGAUCCAGUUACCACUAAGAAGGAGGUUGGGCCAACGCCAUCAAAUGGCUGGGGCACGACUUAUUCCACCACCUCACUGACCCCACGUAGCACACGGAGCACCGAGAAGCCAUUCACCAUUCCCAUCACUGACGUCACGGAGAGUGGCAUGAAGGACCUUGACGAUGUCAUGAAAACCACCAAGAUCAUUAUUGGCUGUUUUGUGGCCAUCACUUUCAUGGCUGCUGUGAUGCUCAUAGUCUUCUACAAGCUCCGCAAGCAGCACCAGCUUCACAAGCACCACGGGCCCACCCGCACCAUUGAGAUCAUCAACGUAGAAGAUGAGCUGCCCGCCGCAGCUGGGGGCCCUGGUGACAGCCACCUGGCACUUCCCGCCAUUGAGCAUGACCACCUCAACCACUACGCUGCUUUCAAGGCUCACUACAACAACAACAGUGGUGGCGGACCCCUUACCUGUGGCUCCAAGAACCCCAUGCUUAAUUCCAUCCAUGAACCUCUCUUGUUCAAGAGCAGCUCUAAAGAGAACGUCCAAGAGACACAGAUAUGACGGCCAACAGACCCAGGCAACGGGGAAUACUUGCGUGGUGGGAGGGUGGCAGUGGAUUUAUACCUGUGGUGGGGGGAAAGUUGAGGAACAGCUCCUCCCCCCUCCCCGCAGAACAACAGAUCUCUCCACUUCUGUGGCAGAUCUUGGAUGCCAAGCCCACAGCAGACACCAUUGGUUCUCACCAACUUAGCCUUUUCCGUUCUCUUCUUCUUCUUCUUCUUCUUUUUUGCAGAACAAGGUUCUCCUCUCGCCCUCUGCCUGACCUUUGGUUUUCCUUUCCCCUUUCCUUUCCCUUUCCUUUCCUUUCCUCCCCCUACCCCACAUUCUCCCUUUACACUGGAGACUUUUUUUUUAAGUACAGAUGGGGCUGUUUCUGUAUCCAACUACCUGCUGUAUUACUUUUUUAAAAAAAGAGAGAAGAAACAAAAUGCCAACGAAACAUAACAAAGGAUCACUCCGACUUGUUUUCCUUUUGACGUCAUGGGAAUAAACUUUAGGAAGAAGGAGAAACCCAAGCGAAACAGGAGAGGAGGGGGAAAAAAAUCUUAUUUUGAGCCGUUUUCCGUCAAAAUUCUAUUUUCAUCCAAAAGGGAUAUACAAAGUAAAUAAAUUAAAUCAGGAGACGGAAGGUUGUGGUGGUGCCAGGGUGUCCCCCCCCCCCUUUGGUGCACGUGGGGAUGCCAGGCGCAUAGGGUUCGGGGGAAUUUUUUUAUGACUAGUAUUAUUACUAUGGGAUGGCAGGCAUGGCCGGUGUGCCCCCCAGAGACACAGGGGCGUGGAGGUAUUUUUUAAUUUGUAAUAAUCUGGGGGUGGGAAUGCGGGGUUUGGUGGGGACUGCACUUCCGGCCACAAGAAGGCCUGUUGAUUCCCUUGGCAUUUCGGGGUCUGGUCUGAGUUUCCUAUUUUAAUAAAAUCCAUAAAGAUGUU